AUGAUUAAUUCAAUGGAAUUGAAAAGUAUUCAUUCAUGUCAAAAUCCACUUCUUGCUAGUUCAAAAAUAAUAACUAGUAGUACAACUACUACUUCAAAUUCUUGGUGUCCAUCUACAUUUGAUAAUAAACGAUAUAUACUUUUAACAUUAUCUAAUUUAACUUAUAUAACACGUUUAAAUACUCAAUCAAUAUCAAAAGAUAUUUUUUAUCAUAUUGAAUAUGCACGUGAUAAUCUUAUUGAUGAAUAUACAACAUGGCAUUCAUAUCGUUUAUUAGAUAAUAAACAUGAAAAUAUUGAAUUAAAUCCACCAAUAAUAGCUAAACAUGUUCGAUUAUUUAUUAAACAAACAAAACCAAAUUUUUGUAUUCAAUUAGAAUUUUUUGGAUGUAUAUUUACUGAUGGUGUAGUGUCUUACAGUAUGUUACAAGGUACGAAUCAACUUGAAGAUGAUACAUAUGAUGGACAAUAUGAUGAAGGUCAUCGUUAUUUAUAUGAUGGACUUGGCCAAUUAUCUGAUGGUCAAACAGGACCAGAUAAUUAUGAAGAUCCUCGUGGUUUUCAAUGGGUUGGUUGGCGUAAACCACGUUCAGCAAAAUCGAAUUAUUCAAUCGGAAUUUUAUUUAAAUUUGAUACAUUAAGAAAUUUUUCUCGUUUAACAAUUCAUGUCAAUAAUUAUUUUCCAAAGAAAAUUUAUGUUUUUCGUUCUGUCACAAUUGAAUUUUUAAAUAAUAAAAAUUCAUCAUUUAUAACGUAUUAUAAUCAGCAUGAUGAUCAAUUUGAAAUGGCAAGACCAAUAAUGAUUGAUUUAGAAAAUCAUAUUGCAACACAAAUAAAAAUGCAUUUCUAUUUCGAUAAUAAUUAUAUAUUAAUGAGUGAAGUGACAUUUGAUUCAUUUAUUGUACCAACAAAUUUAAUUCUUGAAACCGAACAACAAUCAAAAACAAUUUAUAUUAUUAUUUGUACAUUAAUUCUAUUCAUAUUUUUAUUAUUAUGGGUUAUUAUUAUUCUAAUUCGAGGUUUAUUUAGUAAUAAUUCAAAAAAUAAAGGAUAUUAUUUAACACCAGUACAUAAUCAAACGGAUUCAUCAGCAUCAACAACAUCAAGUGAAAUCGAUGUUGGUUCGUCACAUCAUCGUUAUGCAACUAUUAAAUCUGCUCAUCCAUAUCUUGUUAGUACUAAUGGAAAUGGCAGCACAUCUUCUCAUUAUUCAAAAUUACUACCAACAGCAACAACUUUAUUACGAGCACCAUCAAACAUUCAACAAAAUCAUAUCGAAGGUGUUUGUGGUAAUAGUACAUAUGGUACACAAAGAUUAUUUACAUUUGAUAUACAUCAAAAUCAAUGUAUACCAAGUCAUAAUAUUACUAUAGAACAAAGAAUAGAAAAUAGACAUCAAAUUCUUGGCGGUGGAGAGAUAUGUCAAGGUAUUCUACAAAUCAAUCAAUCAUCCAUACCAGUAACUAUUCGACGUUUACUUUCAAAUGCAUCAGUACAAUCAAGAAUUUCAUUUUAUAAUGAAAUAAGUCUUUUAACAUCAUUAUGUCAUCCAAAUAUGAUUCAUGCCUAUGGUCUUUGUUCAGAACCAACAAUGUGUUUAUUAACUGAAUCAUUUGAUAAUUCAUAUAUGAAUCUUUAUCAAUAUCUUCUAAAUUGUAAACAUGAACAACCAGAAGAAACAACACUUUAUAAUACAACAUUAUUUUUUGCAACACAAAUAUCAUCAGCAUUAACUUAUUUAGAAUCAUUGCAUAUCUAUCAUCGUGAUAUAGCUGCACGAAAUUGUUUAGUUUCAAUCGAUCUUAAUAUAAAAUUAUGUGAUUUAGCAAUGUGUAAUGAAAUAUAUGCAGAUGAUUAUGUUUUAGUAUCAGUUGGUAAUGAUAUAAAAACACGAAGACCUAUUCGAUGGUGUGCUUGGGAAACAAUUUGUUUGAAUCAGUUUACAUCGAAAUCUGAUGUUUUUUCAUUUGGUGUUCUUCUUUGGGAAAUAUUAACAAUGGUUGAACGACCAUAUGGUUUAUUAGAUGAUGAACAAGUUAUUUAUAAUUUACGAAAUUUUAAUCAUGUAUUAAUUAUACCAUCAUAUGCAGAAGAUUUAACAGAAUUAAUUUUAUCAUGUUGGAAUAAAUAUGAUUAUGAUCGACCUACAUUUUAUCAAUUAAAUCAUGUAUUAAAUCAAAAACAACAAUUAUUAUCGAUUAAAUCUGAUAGUUAUCAGCAGAUUGACUGA